AUGUCUCUCUACUUCUACGAACCAAGCUACCAAUGGGAUCGUUUCUUUGACAACGCCUUUGGCGCUCUCGCAUCCCGCGGAAACCAAGGUCAAAGCCAAGCUCUUACCGAGAGACCUGACUUGCCGAGGUUCAUAAGGCCCAGGAUGGACCUCCAUGAAGACAAAGAAAAGAACCUCGUCACCGCGACUUUUGAAUUCCCCGGUGUGAAGAAGGAGGAAAUCCAGCUCGAUAUGCAUAACGGUCGUCUGAUUGUUUACGCGGAGACCAAGGUCUCUGAAGAACACGAGCAGUUCGGGUACGCGGUGAGGGAGAGGAGCGUUGGAAAAUUCUCCCACACAUUGCAACUUCCUCAAGGUGUCAGGGCAAGUUUAGAAAUCAAAGCGUCGAUGGAGAACGGUGUCCUCACUGUCACCUUUCCUAAGGCCACAGCGGAGGAGAAACCAAAGAAAAUUACCAUCUCGUAA